AUAUGACAGCUGACAGCAUAGAAAAAAAAAACUAUUUCGCAUACGUCAUAUAAAAGUUAAAAAUGAAAAAUUAGAAACAUCUAAAAUAUGUUAAACAUAUAAGUAUAUAUAAACGAAAAAGUGAAUAGACAGACCGACGGAUCAUCAUACAACUAUAAAUGCAUAAAUUCGUUUCACCCUUAUGUUAUUAGUUCCUCCUGAAUUGUAAUUGAUUUCCUUUUUUCCAUCUUGAGAAUAAAUUUAUUCUUCUUUUAAGUUGUGAAUAAAACAAUUCAUAGAGCUUUGAAUUGCAAAAAAAAAAUCGAAAGUAGUCUGUAAUUAAACAAACAAACGUGUAUGGUGGGUGUGUGUGCAUGAUUGAAUCUCAAAUCAGUAGUGUGCAGUGAAGACAGCAGCAGCCUCGCCGCAGCAAGUUGUCAAAAAUAAGUACUCAAGAAUUUUGCGAGGCCCACAGAUACAUUUGCAAAUUGUUUAAAGUAAAUUUAUUAACAAAAUAUUUGGGCGACGAGCAAAGCACAUGAUGUGGUCGUUCUUUUCGCGCGACUCCUCCAAAGACUUUCCCUACGACAUUGGUGAACCUGUGGCAGGUUUUGAAAAUCACUCCAUAUGGACACUGCACAAGGCCAAACGUAAGGCCACCCAAGAGGAGGUAUCGGUAUUUGUUUUCGAUUUACGCAGCGGUUCAGAUGCAAAAUGUGAUCUUGCAAAAGCAGCCCUCAAGAGGCUAAAGACGUUGCGACAUCCAAGCAUAUUGCAAUAUUUGGAUUCACUUGAAACCGACAAAUUGUUAUAUGUGGCCACCGAAUAUGUUGAGCCCUUGGGUACACAUAUUGCCAAACUUUCCGCAGAUGGGCCACAAAAAGAUUUGUAUUUAGCUUGGGGUAUAUUUCAAAUAACGCGCGCUUUAUCCUUUUUGAACAACGAUGGCAGUUUGAGGCACAAUAAUGUCUCAGUGUGGUCGGUGUUUGUCAAUUCAUCGGGUGAAUGGAAGUUGGGCAGUUUGGAAUAUGUAUCGCCAGCUGAUGGCAAUCCAAUGCCACCCAUCAAAGUACCACCCUCAUUGGAAGUUUAUGAUCCACCGGAGAAGAAUGAUCAAACCAAAUUAAAGGCAGCAACAAAAUGUUCCGCCGAUAUGUGGGGUUUAGGGUGCCUGGUCUGGGAAUCCUUUAAUGGACCAUUGAGAACAAGAUCUAGCCUCAAGGAUAUCGACAGCAUUCCAAAAUCAUUGCAAUCUCUAUAUUGUGAAUUAGUUGGUGCAUCACCCUCAAAUCGUCCAAAUCCUGCUGAUAUUAUUACGCGUUGCCGUAAACCGGGAGGAUUUUUCAAAAACGAUUUGGUCGAUACGCUAUUGUUCCUGGAAGAAAUACAAAUAAAAGAUAAGGCCGAAAAGAAUCGUUUCUUUUCCGGUCUUACAUUACAUUUAGAUAACUUUCCUGAUACAGUAUGCAAACAUAAAAUAUUACCACAACUGAUAACGGCGUAUGAGUAUGGUGAUGCUGGUUCAGCGGUAUUGGCACCCAUGUUUAAAUUGGGAAAACUUUUGGAUGAAACUGAAUAUCAAAAACGUAUCGUACCCUGUGUAGUUAAACUAUUCGGCUCUACAGAUCGUGUAACACGAUCACGUUUAUUGCAACAAUUGGAACUGUUUAUUGCUCAUCUGCAGCCUCAAGUGGUGAAUGAUCAGAUAUUCCCUCAGGUAGCUCAUGGAUUUCUCGAUACAAACUCCACCAUACGAGAGCAGACUGUUAAGUCCAUUAUACAUUUGGCUCCUAAAUUGAAUUACAACAAUUUAAAUGUGGAAGUUUUAAGACAUUUUGCACGCCUGCAAGCUCGUGACGAUCAAGGAGGAAUACGUACGAAUACCACCGUGUGUUUGGGCAAAAUUGCACCUCAUUUACAUCCGCAGGUACGACAGCGCGUUUUAGUCUCUGCUUUUAUAAGAGCCAUGCGAGAUCCUUUUCCACCCGCCAGGGUAGCCGGAGUUUUAGCUUUAGCUGCCACUCAACAAUAUUUUUUGUUGAAUGAAGUUGCAAAUCGUGUCUUACCUGCAUUGUGUUCGUUAACUAUCGAUCCCGAGAAAACGGUGCGAGACCCUGCCUUUAAAACUAUACGGGGUUUUUUGGGCAAAUUGGAAAAAGUCUCAGAAGAUCCUAGUCUAAGAGAAACUAUGGAGGCCGAUGUUCACACAGCCACCCCCUCAAUUGGCAAUGCUGCUGCAACAUGGGCUGGUUGGGCUGUCACAGCUGUUACUUCGAAAUUUUAUCGCAGCCAAAGUGAUUCCUCAAGACCCAGACCACCAUUAACAGGACGGAAUUUAUCAAAACCUGCAUCGUUAGAACAACCAUCUAGCAGUAGUCUAUCGACGACGACAUCAUCUGUAACGUCCAUGACAUCUUUGGAACAUGAAAGCAAUGAUACAUCUGCCUCUGCCUCCGACUAUGGUAACAAUGAUUGGGACAAUGAAAAUUGGGGCGAAAUGGAUGAUCCCAGUUCGCCAAUGGCUGGCUCCCCCAACAAUGGACCCUUGACGGCGACGGCUGCCCUAACGGAAGUAAGAGACGGUUGGGACAAUGAGGAAUGGGGUAGCCUGGAAGAAGAUCCGGGCGAAGAAGAAGCUCAAGAGCAAGAACAACAACAAAUGCAAUUACGACAAUCACCCAUACGACCACAUCAACAGCAACUGCAGCAACAUCAAUUGAACGAAUUAAUUGAACCUUUAGCUAAACUUAACUCACACAAUACAUCACCCUCCAAAUCGACUCUAGGCUCGACCUCACUAUCGUCAAGUCUACGACCAAAAGAUAUGUCAGCAAAUCUAUCAUCGGCUAGUAAUACAACCACAUCACCGACACCAUUCCUUAAUUGUAACAAUGUAAGUCCUCCUCAACAGAAAUCGCCGCAUCAUAUGAAUAAUUCAACGAAUAGCAAUGCCAAUUGGAAUAGUGAUUCCUGGGCAGAUGGCGAAUUUGAACCUAUUGAUGAGCCAAUAACGGGCAAUGCCAAACUUGAUGAAGCUCGAAGAAAACGUGAAGAAAAGAAACUACAGCGUCAGCGUGAACUAGAAGCACGUCGUGCACAACGUAACAGUGGCCCAAUGAAAUUGGGCGCCAAAAAGCUUUAAAAUAAGAAAAAUAGGAAAUCAUUUGACAGCAUCUCCGAUUUUUAUUUAAUUUCAACUUCUUAUACGACAAAUGUCAAAUGUAUUUCAAAAAAUGUCUAUGUUUAAAUUUUUGUUUAUUGUAUUUUAUUUUUUUUUUUUCGUUUUUGGACUUUUGUAAUUGUGUAUUUGUAAACUUAUAAACAUAGUAAACUAUUAUUAUUAUUAUUAUAUAUAUAUAAAAUAUAUACAUACAUAUUUGUAUUUGUUGUCUUUUUGUUUUAUUUUUUUCCUAAAACUAAGCAGAGGAAUACACAAAAACAUUUUUAGCCUAAUUAUGCAAUAUUAAAAAAAAAAACAAUUUGCAUGCUCCAAAUUGAAAAGUGAAUGAAAAACAAAUCCAAAUCCAAACACAUACACAAACAUAUUAUUAGUAAAUAAAUUAAAUAAAAAAAUACUUUACGCAUUGAAUGCGCUUCGUAAAAACCAGAAUAUUAUAAAUAAAGCGGGAAACGUAUUAUUAAAACGUUGUCUCCCUCAUCUCCUGAUCCUGUAUUCAUAAUACACAAAUAAUCCAUAUAUACAUAUUUUUUUUUUGUUUUUUUGUAACCUUUUUAGGAACUUAGCUAAACAAUUUUACUAAUUAAGUAAUCAUUGACAUAUACACAAAGAUAUAUAAAUAAUACGAAAUGAUAUGUAUAAAAACAACUGAUAUUAGCU